AUGAAGCUUUUCCUGCACUUGGAAGGAAUGCUGGGAAAUCAGUGGAGGUUCCUUUCCCUAUUCCUAGGAUUCUUAGGUGGCACACGAAGAAAAUGGAGCGAUUCGCUGAAGGAGAUCCAUUUAAGAGAGCUGGAGCUAUCGAGAUGGUGCACCCUUAUCUCAUCCCUACAGUGCGUGAGUUGGAGCAGGAUUACAUGAAAAAUCUGCUGUCAUAUGAUGAUGAAAAUAAUGACCCAAUCAUUGAUGAGUUGGAGCGUGAACUUGAAGGCGUGACUGUUUUGAUUACACCAAAAAAUUCCUCGAAGGCUAGAAAGUAGGAAGGGGAAGGAGUCCAUGGAGCAUUUUGAUGAGGACUAUACUCAAGAGGCCGAGGAUAAUCAUUCGAAAGAUCUUGGUGGUAAUUCAGCCGCAAAAGAUAAUGUUGGUGUUGGGAUUUCUAUGGGUCGUGCUGCACCAAGUGGGCAGGUGGAGCAUGAACAACUGAAACAGCGUGUGGAGAAGAUUGAGGAGUCUUUGAAGGUUCUUGUCGCUUAUGUUGAGGGGGAAAGAAUUAGAAAGAGCGAGAAGGCGAAGAAGAAGAAGAAGGAGACUCUCAAUGAAGUUGCUGGUGAGGUUGAGGUUGAUGUUGAUCAGCCAAUUGCUCGACAUGUCGAUGUGCCAAAUGCUCAAGAUGUCCAUGUGCAAGUGCUCAAGAUCUCUCUGUGCCAACUAAUCAAGAUCUUUCUGCUGAUGUGUCUGCUACUGAAGUUGAGAAGGAGUCUGCAACUGAAGUUGCGAAUGAAAAAGAAGUCCCUGCUGCUGAAGUUGAGGUAUAAAAAGAGUCCCCAAUAA